UUAUAAAAGGAGACACCGAGGCUCUCGUCCAGCCAUCCUUGAAAUCGCCACUGCGCAAAGUGUAUAACACAUUUUUUUUCAGUCGGUAUGAGUUUGCCUUGCUCGGAUCAAAGCAUUAGGCCGAGGAAAAUGAAGAACGCAAGUUUGCCUCCUGGGGUGGCAGUCCUGCGAUGUUGGUGUGGCGAUCUUUGCAAGGUGAAGGAGGUGACGGAUUUUUCAGAUUGGUUGGGCAUGAAGUUUUUCAUGUGCGCCAAUUAUGAGGAAGAUCCUGCCGUAGCUAUUUCAGAGUACGACAAGCCUCCGUCUCCUCCGCCUCUGUGCAUGUACUAUCAUUGGAUUGACACGGAGAAGCCGGCUUGGGCAGUGACUGAGAUUCGUGAAAGAAGUCGCCGUGCGUGGAAUAGUUUAUUUGCGGAAGAGCGACGCGAGAAGGCGGAAGCUGAGGAGAAAGCAGAGCAAGAGAGAGAGUUAAAAGAAUACUAUGCGGAGCAACACCGUUUUUUUGAGGAAAUGGGAAAGAAAAACAGGGAAGAGGCUCGUCGCAUGGAGGAGCAGGAACGACAGCGAAAGGAGGCUCGUGAGGCAGAGAGGCAGAGAAAGAAAGAAAGGGCUCGUCAGGCUAAGGCAACAGAAGAAGCUGGCGAUGGAAAAGGGAAAUAUCCACGCUGGACUCAGUAGAUUCCUGUGGUAGUAUUUAAAAUUCCGCAAUCAUUUGUAUCUUUAUUUCUGCACUUUAAUGUAGCUUUAUUUCAGGAGUUAAAUGUAGGUAUAUUCCUACAAUGUAUCUUAUUUUCAGUUGUGCCGUGUCGUAAUGGAAAAAAAUAUAGUUUAAGAAUAAAGUAGUGGCAUU